AUGGAUUUAUACAAAGCAUUCGUGUUUCUAUUUGGGCUAAUAAUUGCGUCUACAACGUUUUUUAUGUUUAAAGGGCGGCCUAUGAAAUGCAGGAUUCCCCAAGGCGGAUACUCUGACUUGGAAGGGCACAUGACGAGGCAUGCCGAUGUAACAGCAUAUACUAUAGAAACUUCGAACAUAGACGCUCCAAUGACAGCGGUGAUAAAACAGACUGUCGUUGACAAGAAGGAAGCUGGUAGCGAAAUGCUAGAGCUGAGCUACAAUAUUUUGGAUGGAAAGAAUAUGUGGCUCUACUAUCCUUUGGAGCGAGAUGCACAAGGCAAAUGCAUAUACGACGACUAUGAUGUGAAGUCUGCGACAGAGGCAGAGCUAGGCCGUUUUGCAUGCACCAACGCAGUAGAGCAGUAUGUCAACCUGCUAGGGUCCUUAAACCCAGACAUUGAUAUGCUGGAAAGCAAGAAUGCUAUUGACGCGGAGAAGUUUACAUACGAAUUUCUGGGGCUGGAGGCCCAGCAGUGCAUUGACACUAGAAACUUCUUUUCCAAUCUGAAGCGCAUUGUGUAUGAGCCUAUAAGAGAAAACAGCUCGGAAGAAAACAUUUUAUGCGAAAACUGGGCUAGAAAAGUCCUGGUAACCCCCACAAUAGCAUAUAACUCGGUUCGAGAAAACAUUUUCAACAGCGCAGCCUUGGCGUACAAAAAGCACAAUGAAGUGUUCCGCCAGCUACCGAAAGCAUGGAAUGCAGUAUGCAUAACACAUAGGUUGGCUGCGGCCAAUCUUAGGUCGGAAAUCUAUUCGCUGUUGUCGCAGUUCAAGAUUAUGGACGAAAUCACAGAGAAGCUUGGAAACGGGCUCAGGGCGAUGAACAAAGAUCCUACCUCUGGACAGGUAAAUUAUAUAGCAGAGAAAAGCAAAACCGUGCAGAACUUUGGCAUUGAGAGCCGCAUUCUUGAAAAAAUAAAAGAGUGCUCGGAUGUGGACCCCCUGUGCACAGAAGAAGGCAGCAAAAAGGAUGUUUUUUUAAGCCACUUCGACAAGAAAAGCGUACACAAGGAGAUUGCCAAAGCUUGGAAUUCUCCAUUGGAAACCAUGGAAGAGGACUUAGAGUAUCUGAAGAAGAUACACCGAAUCUCGCAGGAGUGCCUGACCACCGAGACGCUGGUCUUGACAUUUUCGAGAAGCUCCCUGAACGACAGGCACGUGGAAACAAGUUUGGACAUGUGCGAGAGCCUCGUGAAAAUUGUGGAAAAGUACGAAACAAAAGCCGACAACUGCUACACUGCGUAUAUGGGCAUGGCAAAAGAGGCAUGCGAGAAUGACAUACGCAAAUGCGCGGGCGAAAAGACUGAGUAUGAUGAGGAGGCUCUGCUAUACGGGGAUAUACCCCUGAAGGAUUACACCGGCACUUUCGAAUAUGAGCAGCUGGGCAGCAGUGCAAACCCUAGCAUACUAUCAAGUGUUUCUGAUGCAGCCAUGUCUGCAAUGCAGUACAUAUACUAUAUGUUGACAAAGUAUACAUAA